AUGUUACAGAAGGCUUACGGUGAAUCGACUUUAUCAAAAACACGUGCAUAUGAAUGGUACAGUGCAUUGAAAAGCGGUCGAGAUGUGGUGAAAGAUUUGCCUCGCUCUGGUCGGCCAUCAACAUCUUCAACUGAAGUUAACAUCGAUAAAGUGAAGGAAAUGGUGAUUGAAAAUCGUCAUUUCAGUUUGAGAGAGAUAGCCGCUGAACUUACGGUGUCUCACGAAUCAAUUCGUACCAUUUUACGCGAUUGUUUGGGCAUGAAACGCGUUGCCGCUCGACUAGUUCCGAAAGACCUCAAUUUUCUUCAAAAACUCAAUCGCGUAAAGGUCGCUGAAAACAUUCAACAAGCUUCGGAAUGGUGCCUUCCAACUGAGCCAAAACCGAAAAAACCACGUCAAAGUCGAUCAAAAGUCAAAGUGAUGUUAACUGUUUUCUUUGAUUGUCGUGGUGUUGUGCACUCGGAAUUUUUGCCAGAAGGUCAGACGGUAAAUAAAGAAUAUUAUCUGGGCGUUAUGCGGCGUUUGAGAGAGCAAAUUCGUCGAAAAAGGCUAGAUUUGUGGAAAACAAACUCAUGGAUUUUGCACCAUGAUAACGCACCAUCUCACAAGGCUAUCAUUAUGAACGAAUUUCUGACCAAAAACUCAACAAAUAUCAUCGAACAACCACCGUAUUCACCAGAUAUGGCUCCGGCUGACUUUUUUCUCUUUCCAAAACUCAAAUUACCACUUCGAGGCACUCGUUUUCAGUUGAUAGAAGACAUAAAAGAGAAUUCGCGGCGAGAACUGAAGUCGAUUCCGGAAAAUGCGUUUAAAAAAUGUUUUAAUGAUUGGAUUAUUCGUUGGCAUAAAUGUAUUAUUUCGAAAGGAGCCUACUUUGAAGGCGAUACAAUAAAUUUGAAUGAAUAA